AUGGAAUGUGAAGGAGAAACGGCGGAGUGUUAUGUAAAAUUUUUCACACUUAUAAACGAAACUAUUGAUAAAGUUGCUCCAGGUGAAAAGUUCAAUCCAUUGGCUGGGUUUAUGGCAGAUGAGGCUGGUGGUAUACAGGAGGGACUGAGAAGAGUGUAUGGCCAGGCGGUGCUAGAAAGGAUCAAGACCUGUGAAUUUCAUUUCUUGCAGUGCGCUAAUAGACGACAGCGAGCUCGUUUACAUAGUGAUAAAUCCAAGGAAUUCUUUACUCGUGUUACAAGAGCACUUCUUGCAACUCAGACAUCAAGUGCUUACCAUGCCGCCGUCACAGAGUUGAAAGAUUUUGUUGCAAAGAAACCGUCUAAAGAUCAAAGAGGAUUUCUCAUUACUUGGUUUCAAUGGUGGGAUGACCGUAGGUCUCAUGUCUUCCCUGCGUUUGCACGCAAAAACGCACCAGCUGCAAACCUGGCUGAAGUAAUUCAUUCGAAGUGGAAAACAACGGGUGGAGAACAUCUGUCACUAGUAGAUGCUGCUGCGGAAGACAUAAAGGACAGUCUUAUUCUCGAGCGACAAUUCAAAGGUUACGAAACUGAUCAUUUUGUUGGUGGUUCGGGUCCCAGUGUUUCCAGUAUGUCAUCACGAAACUACCAAGCUCAAAAGAAUCGAGCAGAAAAGUAUGCUAAAGACCUAAUUGAAGAAGAUCCCUCAGACCUGACUUCAAGAGCUGAUGCACUAGGAACCUUUCAAGUAAAUCCUCUUUCUUCGCACAGAGCGACAAAACCAUAA